AUGGCUGCACUCUUGCUGAGAUAUGUUGGUCAUUAUUGCCUCCGAGCCCACUUUUGCCCAAAGCUCUGUGUCAGAAAUUGGUCUCUUCCCAUGGUCAUGUCCAUCUGUCACCAUGGCACUGGCAUUGCUUUGAGUGCAGGGGUCUCUCUUUUUGGCAUAUCGGCGCUGUUACUCCCUGGGAACUUUGAGUCUUAUACGCAACUCGUGAAGUCCCUGUGUCUGGGGCCAGCAUUGAUCCAUGCAGCUAAGUUUGCACUUGUCUUCCCUCUCAUGUAUCAUGCCUGGAAUGGGAUCUGCCACUUGAUGUGGGAACUAGGAAAAGGCAUGAAGAUUUCCCAGCUAUACCAGUCUAGAGUGGUUGUCCUGGUUCUUACUGUGUUGUUCUCUGUAGGGUCGGCAGCCAUGUGA